UAUCGGUGUACGCCGUAUCGAUAAGCAAAACAAAACAAAACAGCUGCAACGUCACACGUGCAAUAUUUACGCGAAAAUCAGACAAAAAUGAAGCCGAAAAAGAAGUUGGGUGUUGGUCUCAGUCGUGAGGAGCGACAGGUGCUUGUUAUCGGGGAAAUAAUACAGGAGCUGCUGGCGGCACACGAUGCCAAAAAGGAUGUCAAUUUGAAUCGCAUGAAGUCGCUUAUAGCGUCCAAAUAUGGACUGGACAGCUCGCCACGAUUGGUGGACAUAAUCGCCGCCGUGCCGCAGGAUGCCAAAAAGAUCCUGCUGCCCAAACUGCGCGCCAAGCCCAUACGUACAGCGAGCGGCAUUGCCGUCGUUGCAGUCAUGUGCAAGCCCCAUCGUUGUCCGCACAUCAAUAUGACCGGCAAUAUUUGCGUCUAUUGUCCGGGCGGACCGGACAGCGACUUUGAGUACUCGACGCAAUCGUAUACGGGCUAUGAGCCCACCUCCAUGCGUGCCAUACGGGCACGUUACGAUCCCUUCGUUCAGACGCGACAUCGCGUCGAACAGCUCAAACAGCUGGGCCACAGCGUGGACAAGGUCGAGUUCAUUGUGAUGGGCGGCACCUUUAUGUGUCUGUCGGAGGAGUAUCGCGACUAUUUCAUACGCAAUCUGCACGACGCUCUGUCCGGUCACAGCAGCGCCAAUGUGGCCGAGGCUGUACGCUACUCGGAGAAAUCUCGCACCAAGUGCAUUGGCAUUACCAUUGAGACACGUCCCGAUUACUGCCUCAAGCGGCAUCUCUCGGACAUGCUCAACUAUGGCUGCACGCGGCUGGAAAUUGGCGUGCAAUCCGUUUACGAAGAUGUGGCCAGAGACACGAAUCGUGGCCAUACGGUGCGGGCUGUGUGCGAAAGUUUUCAACUGGGCAAAGAUGCCGGCUACAAGAUUGUGGCACACAUGAUGCCCGAUCUGCCCAAUGUGGACUUUGAGCGUGACAUUGAGCAGUUUAUCGAGUACUUUGAGAAUCCAGCCUUUCGCUCGGAUGGCCUCAAAAUCUAUCCCACGCUCGUCAUUCGCGGCACCGGACUGUAUGAGCUGUGGAAGACCGGACGCUACAAGUCCUAUCCGCCCUCAAUGCUGGUGGAUCUGGUGGCCAAAAUCCUGGCUCUAGUGCCACCCUGGACGCGCGUCUACCGCGUACAGCGCGACAUUCCCAUGCCGUUGGUUAGCUCUGGUGUGGAGCAUGGCAAUCUGCGAGAGUUGGCGCUGGCUCGCAUGAAGGAUCUGGGCACCACAUGCCGUGAUGUGCGGACCCGCGAGGUGGGCAUCCAGGAGAUACACAACAAAGUUCGACCCUAUGACAUAGAGCUAAUCCGACGCGACUAUGUGGCCAAUGGAGGCUGGGAGACGUUUCUCUCGUACGAGGAUCCCGAACAGGACAUACUCGUGGGUCUGCUGCGGCUGCGUAAAUGUUCGCCGGACACUUUCCGGCCCGAGCUGAAGGGCGACUGUUCCAUUGUGCGGGAAUUGCAUGUCUAUGGCUCCGUAGUGCCGGUGAAUGCGCGCGAUCCCACCAAAUUCCAGCAUCAGGGUUUCGGCAUACUGCUCAUGGAAGAGGCGGAGCGCAUUGCUGUCGAGGAGCAUGGCAGCCGCAAGCUGGCGGUCAUCUCGGGUGUGGGCACACGCAACUACUACCGCAAGAUGGGCUACACGCUGGACGGGCCCUACAUGUCGAAGAUCUUAACGGAUUGAGUUUUUUUAAAUAUUUAUCACGCCGUAGGAGCCGUAGGAUUUCGCUACUUAACACUAUGGGCCUUAUAUACAUAAAUAAUAAAAAAUUAAAAUUUCUUUCCU